UUUAGUCCAACCACAGAAUUCUAGGUUUGUAGGUUUUUUGUGUGUAGGGGUAACAGUGUUAUGAUUAUGCUUUCAAAUCGUGUUCUCAUCAUCUCUGGCCUGAUGGGUCAUCAACAAUCAGUCCUGUCAACAAUCUACGCUUCCCUGGAAAUUUUGUUCUAUUCUUAGGUUCAGGGAACAGAUGCAUGGUUUGGAGAACUAAUUCAAGUCCAAAAUUUCGAUGAUACUUGAUCUUCUGUUUAUUUGAUGGGUACUAGUACAUCCAUGAGAACAAAUUUUGUGUUUCCUCUUCAUUCUGAUAUUUUGCUUGCGAAAGUGCAAGUCAAUGCAUUGUGGGCUCAUCAGUUACAGGAAUAUGGGGGCAGAAACUACAACUCUGAAUAAAUGUAAGGGGUUCCUUGCAAAAAGUUGUCAAACAUAACGACUUCUUAAACCUGAAGAAAUCUCAGAACAGCAGCCAAGGAACACCAUUGUCCAGAGCAGCAAGCCACCGGGCACCUCGCGACGAUCGCUCUUCCAAAUCCUCGAGAUCAAACGAUCUCGUAAGCAUUAAGACUGCCAAUUUGCUUCGGUUGGUAUUGGUUGGAUCUCAGGGUGACGAGGUCGCCGCAAUGGGUCACGGCGGCGACGGCGGCAUCUGGAUCCGCGCGGCGGUGGCGGUGGCGGCGGGAGGCGCCAUCGCGGCUCGCGCGGUCCGGCGCAAGUCCGUUGACUUCAGCGCCGUGUUCGUCGGAGUCCCUGCCAUGGUGGCUCAUACCGUCGCCGGGUACAGGUUCGCCGGGCUGCUGCUGGUGUUCUUCUUCACGUCCUCGCGGGUGACGAGGGUCGGCGAGGCGAGGAAGCGUGCUUUCGAUCCCGAGUUUAAGGAGGGUGGGCAGCGUAACUGGAAGCAAGUUUUGUCAAAUAGUGGCAUUGCAAGUAUCUUGGUUGUUUUGAUAGCAUUAGUUACUAAAGGGACGGAUAGGUGUUUGGAUUCAAAAGAGUCAACUCUUGUAACUGCACUUAUUGGUGGUGUUAUCGGACAUUAUGCUUGUUGCAAUGGUGAUACAUGGUCUUCUGAGCUUGGCAUUCUUAGCAAAGCUGAGCCACGACUUAUCACAACAUUCAAGAGAGUGCAAAAGGGUACCAAUGGUGGUGUAACCAUACAUGGACUUCUCGCAGCAGCAGCAGCUGGAUUCUCGAUUGGGCUUGCGUUUGUGCUGAUAGGAUUCUUAACUGCACAGUGUGCUUCUUAUGUAUUCUGGAGGCAGUUGCUAGUUAUACCAUUGGCUACAGCUUCUGGCCUAUGUGGAAGCCUGAUUGAUUCAAUCUUGGGCGCAACGGUUCAGUACAGUGGGUUCUGCAGUGUCCGUAAAAGGGUGGUGGGAGUAGAUGGUCCAACCGUAACGAGGAUUUCAGGAAUGAACAUAUUGGAUAACAACGGGGUCAAUGUAGUGUCUAUAUUAUUGACAACUGUUCUUACUGCAGUGGCUUGCACAUACAUCUUCUGAGGUCUAGCUACGGAGAGUAAUGGUAGGACCACAUUACUGAAGACAUAGAAAACCGAUUGAUGAAUUAGAACAGCAAAUUGUGUAGCAGUGCCGUUAAUCAGUUUGAUGCAUGUAAUAGUAGAUACAUUGUUGUUUUAGCAUCAAGAAUUUUCAACAGUGGAUGGGAUCUUAGAUCUUCAAAUAGAGGAAAAACAGCUAUCCCUUAAAGUCAGUUCUCCGUAACACAUUUAUUUAUGCCCUGGCAAGAGAAAACAAACAUAAUUUUUCAUCUUUGUUAAA